CCAUUUGACUUCAUGACAGAAACGCAACAACCGGCGCAGACUGAUAAACGGUCAUUAUAUAUUAUAUUUGCAAAGAAAGUAAAGCCCCUCGCUUGAACAUUUGCCCAACAGAAGUCAAGAGUAGACGGGUCUUUGCCCUCUUACUUUGUUCUUUCACACACUGCCUUUCCAUCUUGGUAGGCUUCAGAUCAUAUCAUUCCCUCUUUCAUUCUGUAAUUUGAGGAAAGAAUAACAAUUUAAAGUUGUUAGUGAAAGUAUUACUUGCAAGCAUCAUCAUUUUUCCGUACCCUAAAAGUGCAACCCAACUAGCCACUACAUGUUAAGGCGGUUAUUUCCACUAGAUAUAGUCGAUUUUUCUCCAUACAAAGUAAAUAAUCUAAAUCUGAGUGUGGAGAAAGUAGAGUUGAGAUCUUCCUAUAGGAAAAGGGAUAAUGAGCUGCUUUGGCUGUUGUGUAGAAGAUGAUAUCCAUAGAACUGCUGAUACUGGGCAGUUGACGGGAUAUAAUUCAGCAGGCAUUAGUGGUGGUUAUUCUUCCAAAGAAGCUGUGACAAAAGAUACACAGACUGUAACCAUUCAGCCUAUCGCUGUCCCUGCCAUUCCAGUAGAUGAAUUGAGGGAUAUUACAGAUAAUUUUGGUACAAAGGCAUUAAUUGGCGAGGGCUCAUAUGGAAAAGUAUAUAAUGGUGUCCUAGCAAGUGAACAGGCUGCAGCCAUUAAAAAGUUAGACUCCAGUAAACAACCUGACCAAGAAUUUCUGGCACAGAUCUCCAUGGUCUCAAGACUGAAACAUGAAAAUCUCGUUGGACUUGUUGGUUAUUGUGUCGAUGGUCCUCUCCGUGUGCUCGCAUAUGAGUACGCUCCUAACGGAUCUCUUCAUGAUAUACUACAUGGACGAAAAGGUGUCAAAGGAGCACAGCCUGGCCCAGUUCUGUCGUGGGCACAGAGAGUUAAAAUUGCAGUUGGGGCAGCAAGGGGACUUGAAUAUCUACAUGAAAAAGCACAACCUCACAUCAUACAUCGUGAUAUCAAGUCCAGCAAUAUACUGCUUUUUGAUGAUGAUGUUGCAAAAAUUGCUGAUUUUGAUUUAUCAAAUCAAGCACCUGAUAAUGCUGCACGUCUUCAUUCCACUCGUGUACUUGGCACUUUUGGUUAUCAUGCUCCUGAAUAUGCGAUGACUGGGCAGCUGAGUUCAAAGAGUGAUGUUUACAGCUUUGGUGUUGUCCUGCUGGAACUCUUGACUGGUCGAAAGCCUGUUGAUCACACCCUGCCACGUGGACAGCAGAGUCUUGUGACAUGGGCAACACCGAAACUCAGUGAAGAUAAGGUGAAGCAAUGUAUUGAUGCUAGACUAGAUGGAGAAUACCCUUCCAAGGCAGUUGCAAAGAUGGCUGCCGUUGCUGCCUUGUGUGUGCAAUAUGAAGCUGACUUUCGGCCAAAUAUGAGCAUUGUAGUUACAGCUCUACAGCCUCUGUUGAACACUCGGUCUGGCCCCCCAAGUGCAAAACCGCACUUGUGAAUUCUUCCUAGCACCUCAAACUUUCUUGCAGGGUAUACUGUUCAAUAUGUUUUGUAAACAGCGUGUUCUAGAUCGUAUUUCAUUCAUUGAAGCUUUUUAGACCUUUAUUUGCAAUUUGCAUAAUUAUUCUACCUACUUUUGAAGUGCUUUGGGUGAUUUCUAUGGGUUUUCGAUUGUGCACAUUAGCUUUAUCUCAUUCGCUGUGUUUUUUUUACCAAGUCAUUGAGAAAAUGAGAAUGUUGUUGUGCCCUAUGCUUAUUUCA